AUGGGUGAUCUUCAGGAGAAGCUAGAUGUACUGAAGGUAAAAGAGGCCGCAUUGCAACAGUUGAACGCGUCUACAGAAGCGCUCAUCACAGAUGACAAAGAAUACGACGACGAGAUUGCGAGCUCGCAAACGUAUGAAGACAAUAUAUGCAUCGCGAAGUCUCGAGCCUUGCAAAACCUAAGCGAUGAGAAUGUCAGAAUCGCUGCCAACACAUCGGGAGGGCAGAGACAAGCUGCAGGAGGCAACAGUACAGUCGAAACUUCAACGAAUGCUAUGCGGACAGCGGUGAAGCUACCGAAGCUAGAAAUUCCAAAGUUUAAUGGAGAUCUUCGGAACUGGAACAGUUUCUGGGACCAGUUUGAUUCAACCAUUAAUCGAAACCAGUCAAUCAAUAAGAUCGACAAGUUCAAGUAUCUAAGGAGUUACCUCACCGACAAGGCUGCAAUAUCUGGACUCUCACUCACUGCAGGUAAUUAUGAUGUUGCCUUGAAGCUGUUGAAAGAAAGAUUCAAUAAGCGGAACCUCAUAAUCAACGAGCACUUGGCGUGA